CCUUGGGGCGCCGGACGCUCAGGGCCGCUGACCCGCUCCCGGAGCCGGUCCACGUUGGUCUCCGUCUUUGUUCUGGGUUAGCGCGGGGACAUGCGCCGCUGAGGAUGGAGGUGGAGGACUCGGGCGGUGUGGUGCUGACCGCCUACCACUCGCACGCGCGCUCGCAACCGCAGGGCGCUGAGCCACGCUGCGCGUCCCGGGCCAGCCAUCCGCUCAGCAGAAAAUCCAUUCCUCGCUGCCGACGAAUCAACAGGAUGCUCUCCAAUGAAUCCCUGCAUCCUCCCUCCUUUAGUCGCUCCAACUCUCAAGCCUCUGUCGACAGCAGCGCAUCCAUGGAGGAGUUCCUGCGGGAAAUCGAGAGUAUCAAAGAGAGCAGUGUGGGGACGCAGGAGGAGCAGCCACCCACUGCUGCUGCUGCUGAAGUCAAGCCAGUGGAUGAAGGAGAGCUUGAAGCAGAGUGGCUACAAGAUGUGGGAUUGUCAACUCUGAUCUCUGGCAACGAAGAGGAAGACGGUAAAGCGCUCCUGUCUACAUUGACUCGGACCCAAGCUGCUGCAGUGAAAAAGAGAUACAACACAUAUACCCAGACUCUGAGGAAAAAGAAUAAACAACCCGUCAGGGAUGUCAGAGACAUCUUUGGAGUCAGCGAAUCUCCUCCUAGUGAUUCUUGUGAGCAUGCUACUCAGUUGGACGGUACCAAGGAAGAAAAAGAUCUGCCAGGAGUUACCAAGACAAGCAGGCCUCUGCCAGACGAUGCUUCUCUCAACAGUACCACCCUAUCCAAUGGUGCCCAGGAUGAAGAAGGUGGUUUUGUGGCCCUACAGAGUGGUUCUGUGUCAAUACUUGAGGCUAUCCCGGAUAUUCCUGUUCACACCAAUGGAUCUGCAGAUGCUGAGCAGUCGGUUCAGAGCGCGUUGAGUGAUGAUGAUUAUCUCGGGAAGAACAUUCCAGCAGAGGCUGAAGAGCUGUCCUUUGAGGUCUCUUACUCAGAAAUGGUGACAGAAAUGCCUGAUAGAAAUAAAUGGAAGAAGUCGGACAUUAAGAAAGAAGACUAUGUCUUAACUAAAUUUAUCAUUCAGAAAACAAGAUUUGGGUUGACCGAGACGGGGGACCUGUCUGUGGAAGACAUGAAGAAAAUCCGCCAUCUCUCUCUGAUUGAGCUGACGGCCUUCUUCGAUGCUUUUGGGAUACAACUGAAGAGAAACAAAACCGAGCGAGUGAGAGGCCGAGACAACGGGAUUUUCGGAGUGCCACUUACAGUCCUCCUGGACAACGACCGGAAGAAGGACCCUGCAGUGAAAGUUCCCCUUGUGUUACAAAAAUUUUUUCAGAAAGUCGAGGAAUCAGGUCUGGAAUCGGAAGGAAUUUUUCGACUCUCCGGAUGUACUGCCAAAGUCAAGCAGUACCGCGAAGAACUGGAUGCCAGGUUCAAUGCUGACAAGUUCAAGUGGGACAAGAUGUGUCACAGAGAAGCUGCGGUCAUGUUGAAAGCAUUCUUCAGAGAGCUGCCCACCUCUCUCUUCCCUGUUGAAUAUAUACCCGCCUUCAUCUCUCUGAUGAAAAGAGGGCCUGACAUCAAAGUACAGUUUCAAGCCUUGCACCUCAUGGUCAUGGCCCUGCCUGACGCCAACAGGGACACAGCGCAGGCUCUGAUGACAUUCUUCAAUAAAGUGAUCGCCAAUGAAUCCAAGAACCGCAUGAACCUGUGGAACAUUUCCACAGUGAUGGCGCCCAACCUGUUCUUCAGCAGAAGCAAGCACUCUGACUACGAGGAACUGCUGCUGGCCAACACGGCGACCCACAUCAUCCGCCUGAUGCUGAAGUACCAGAAAAUUCUAUGGAAGGUUCCAUCUUUCUUGAUCACCCAGGUCAGAAGGAUGAAUGAGGCCACCAUGCUGUUGAAGAAGCAGCUCCCGAGUAUGAAGAAGCUGCUCAGGAGGAAGACCCUGGAUCGAGAGGUUUCAAUCCUCAAGACCUCAAAGGUACCACAGAAAUCACCUUCCUCAAGAAGAAUGUCUGAUGUGCCAGAAGGUGUCAUAAGGGUCCACGCUCCGCUUCUGUCCAAAGUGUCCAUGGCCAUUCAGCUCAACAGCCAGACCAAAGCCAAAGAUAUCCUGGCGAAAUUUCAGUAUGAGAACAGUCAUGGUUCGUCUGAACAUAUUAAGAUGCAGAACCAAAGGUUAUAUGAAGUUGGAGGAAAUAUAGGACAACACUGUUUAGAUCCUGAUGCAUAUAUAUUGGAUGUGUAUCAUAUAAAUCCUCAUGCAGAAUGGGUCAUCAAGCCCUAGACAAGUCUUUAAAAAUAUGCCCAGGAUGGUUCCUGCCCUGUAUUAUAUGUGAGAAGAUCCUGCAUUUGUGGGGAAAAAAACCAAAAAACUGCCCUGAAGUAUUUGCUCCUGUAAUCCUGGUCCUCCUGGAGAGGCGCUGUGGCCAGCUCUGGCAAUAUGAACUACAGAGGAGGGGCUGAUUUCACACUGGGCUCAGUCUCUUAGCACAGUUCCUCAUGAGACAGUGGGACCCAAAGGAAAGGGCAGCGUUGCUCAUUGAGAAGCACUGUGGCUGGGAAGAGGCUGCAGUGCUCUGACUUGCUCCUGGGUUGGAGGAGGAGAGCCUUCAGUCUAAAGAUCUCUGUGGAGCAUGUCGCUCUGUGCGGCACACGUUGAGGACUGGCUCACACCAUGGUGCGAAGGAGCUUUCCCCAGGCCCUGAGUAAUCAGAUGCUACGUUAUGACUCCGUGGGCCGUGGACACAGAUCCUCAUUGCCAAGCCCUGUUUGACAAAGGGCAUCUUGUGCGCAUCCAGAGCUUCCCUGUGGCCAUGACACAGCCAUGGUGUCUUCUGUUUCUCCUCUCAGUUUUGGUGCUCAGUGAAUAAAUUGCCUUUCUGGAGUCAGCAUGGAUUUCCUUUACAGAGCAAACACAUUUUUUUUUUAACAUUUCACAAUGAUAGUCACGUCCGCAGCCCCAAACUAAAAGAUACAGAAGUGGCAUUCAUCUGUAAGUGCUGAAAUGUGCCACUAGGCCGAGGAUUUGCAAGAUGUAAAAGUUCAUUGUGCUCUUUGAUCGUUAACCAGGGAUGUGGCCAAGCAUUGCAGAUUAGCACUGGGCUUGUGGAAGCUGGAGACCACUUCAUUGUCCACAUCUUGUCCAACCAUUGUCUAGACGUGCGGUGGGAGAUAUUCAGUCCUCGUGGUUCUAAGGGGAACAAAUCUAAAAUGUCCCGAGGGACAGGAGAGCUCUACCUUUCAUCUCAGAGAUUGUAGUUAGAGUCCUCAUUCAUCCGGGACCCCGUGCCUCAUCUUGGACGCCACAGGCUGAACAUUUGAUGGACUUAACAGCAGUUACAACAUUUAAAACUCACGUGGCUGUUUGUCAGUUCAAACAAAGCUGGAGUACAGAUGUGGAAGAACUGUUCCUUAACUGUGGAGCCCGUGUCCAGAUGUAAUGCAAGGACACUGUAGCUGCAUGUGCAGAAGAGGUCCCCCUGUGCUGUGUUAUCCUCAUACUCAAACCAAACAUCCUUCAUUCCUACAGUCAGAUCAUCUUAUUGUGGAAGAAGCCAGGCACUCUUGACAUCCGACGGGCAGAUCAUUUUAUUUCUGACCUUCAGGAGUUUGUUGCACUUUUCUAGAAACCCUCUCCCCACCCCCCCAAAAAAACCAGUUUGUUUGACCUAUUUAUGACUUUCUAUUUUCUCCCGCUUAAGAACUCACUAGCCACCAAACAUAUACUGCGGAGGUUUCUGUGUGUCCCCGUGCUUGACCGGUUUCUAGGCUGCCCAGUGGGCCAGUGAGUGUGUUCACCAAGCACAUUAUCAUCUUGCCGUGCAAGCGGUGAGUGAGAAAAUCACAGGCAGGUAUCCCUGCCCAUGCUUGGAAGCCGUCCUUCUAGAGUGUUGCUGUGCUUCCGUAAAUGCUUGGGGUUACUCCUGCGUUGCUUUGCCUUAGGAUCGUCCAGUUCUGUUGUAUUUAUAUGUAAGAUGCACUCUUUCCAAGAGUUUCCAUUCCAUUUGGCUGGAAACACAGUGGAACCUAUACACCAGCAUUAGUCACAAGUCUUGAGACGUGGCCGGUAGAUGGCAGGUAGUGCCACACCAGGCUCAGCAUUUCCUGCCCACUUUCUGUGUCGCUUCAGGUGAAAAGCCUUAACAGUAAGUUGUAAUUAAUCAUUUAAGUCUAUCCAGGACAGUGACCACUUUCAAAUAACUGUGUCGCAUGAAGGAUAAUGCCCAUAUCCAGGUCAGUGUAGGCUAUGCCUUUUUGUUCCUGGUCACACAAUUAAAUGACUAGAGAAGUUUGAGUAAACAUGCAAACAAACAGUUGUGUGGUUAAGGGGUUUCUUCUCUUAAUCUUAUUCUUGAAGGAGAAAAUUUCAAUUAAAUCUAAAAUGCCUGUCACCUAAGUGUCGAAAGAACUUUGGCCUUCUUAAGACUUGUUUUGCAAAAGCUAAGAAGCCAGACUGUUACAAUGGAUUUGCCCACAAAAGAGAGACCAGAUACAUACAUGGUAAAAGAUUGUUUCUAGCGUCUCACCUGUACCAUCAAGUGCUCGUGAUACAUAAGUAGUCAAAUACAUAAUGUCAUUCAGGAGAGUAUUAAAGGAAAUGACUUGUGGGACACACAGUCAGGAAGACUCCUACAACUGCCUUGGUUCCCCCACCUUUCUUCCUGCGAGUUCAGCUAGGACACGAUUCUUCUCGCCAGUGCUUAGAUGAACUGGAAAAGCGAUUCCUUACAAUGUGUGUGUGCAGUAUAAACUACCUCACCAGGCUUUCUGGAGGAAAAGAAUCCAGUGGACUUUCACUUUUGUUUGUUUGUUUGUCUGACUCUAGUCACUGCCGUUAGCUUUCAGUGUGAUCCAAUGUCAUUCAUGCUGUAAAUGAGUUCUAGUGUAAGCAUGGGAACAAACAUACCACAGAAUUGUGCCCUGCUGUGUGCUCUGGGGGAGUCUGUGUGUGUCCCACGGGCUGCUCCUGUUUCUAACCAUGCGGGGACACUGGGGUUCAUCCUUUCUGGCAGUGUUUCCCACUGCUGUCCAUGGAUUUCAUCUGACUGAAAACUGAGGAGACGAAGAUCUCUCUCUCUCUCUCUCUCUCUCUCUCUCUCUCUCUAGCAAGUGUGUUUUAAUGAUUGUUCAAUGUGUAUGUCUGACUUGCCUGGCAAGACUGCGUAUGAGGGGCUUGAAUCCUCCUCUUGACAGGCAUUUUCAACUAUUUUCCAUAAAUAUGCCACUCAA